GCCCGCCAUCGAUUCACGGAAUGCAGUAGAGGCAGUCGGAGUAGCUCGAGCCAUGGGGCAAGAAGGGGCACCACCGGCUGCAAGCCCCAGUCCAGCAUUAUUGGUAGCGAACCGAGCAUGAAGAACCAUUCUACCACCGAGAUCGACGACGACCUCGACCAACUGCUUCGACAGAUGGCCGAAGACACGUCGCGAAUGAACGACUUUACUGGCUUCAUGCUCACAGAGAACCCAACACCCGCACUGCGCCCCAUCAACCUCGUGCCCUUGACAGCGACGCUCGACGCCAAAACAUCCCUCACCGCCGACAAACCACACCAGCGCCGAGCCAUCCAGCCAUCGCGGUCGGCCACGAGAAGCGACCGAGAGCUACCCGGCGUAUAGUGGCCCGCAUCUUGACCCGACAAUUUUUGUCAAAGUGGACAAAUUUGGUCGGAAAAUUCGCAAUACCUAAAAUCCUCUCCAGAAUCGUUUUUGACGCCGUUGAGGCUGAAAAGACACACAACGGCGAGUAGAAGAGCACACAUACGUUGAUUUCUAGCGUUUUUUAGCUGCAAAUUCGACCUCCAUGCGUUCCGUGA